AGAUGGGUGGGAACCAGAGGUAGUAUUCGGCCAAUCCGCAUCGAUGGCCCCCUCAAAGGAGCUUUGGAGUAUGAAAUAGUCCAGGUGACCGAUUCGGGACCGAUCCUGAGGGAUAUGGCUUUUUCGGUGGAUUACAAGCACCUGUACAUUAUGUCGGAGAAGCAGCUUAUCCGUGUACCGGUGGAGUCUUGCGAACAGUACAAAAGUUGCAGCGAGUGCCUGGGCUCCGGGGAUCCCCACUGCGGCUGGUGUGUGCUUCACAACACGUGCGCCAGGAAGGAGCAGUGCGAACGCUCCAGCGAGCCCCGGAGGUUUGCCUCGGAGAUGAAGCAAUGUGUCCGACUCACCGUGCACCCCAACAACAUCUCGGUCUCCCAGUACAGCGUGACGCUGGUGUUGGAGACCUACAAUGUCCCUGAGCUAUCCAACGGGGUCAAUUGCUCCUUUGGGGACUUGGCGGAAAUGGAUGGCCUGGUGUCGGGGAACAAGAUCAGGUGCCUAUCGCCAGCAGCCAAGGAGGUCCCGAAGAUCAUCACGGAAAAUGGAGACCACCACGUUGUCCAACUCCAGCUCAAAUCCAAAGAAACGGGCAUGACGUUUGCUAGCACCAGCUUUGUCUUCUACAACUGCAGCGUCCACACCUCGUGCCUCUCGUGCGUGGAGAGCCCGUACCGAUGCUACUGGUGCAAAUAUCGUCACGUCUGCACCCACGAACCUCGCAAUUGUCACUUCCUGGAAGGGCAAGUCAAACUUCCUGAGGACUGUCCCCAGCUGCUGAAGGCCAACAAGAUCUUGGUCCCCGUAGAUGUUAUCAAGCCCAUCACCCUGAAGGCCAAGAACUUACCCCAACCGCAGUCCGGCCAACGGGGCUACGAGUGCAUCAUCACCAUCCAGGGCGUGGAGAAGCGGGUGCCGGCCCUGAGGUUCAACAGCUCCAGCGUCCAGUGCCAGAACACUUCCUAUUCCUAUGACGGGAUGGAGAUUAACAGCCUGCCGGUGGAUCUGACAGUCGUGUGGAAUGGGAAUUUCAACAUUGACAACCCGGCCCAGAAUAAAGUCCAUCUGUACAAGUGCGGAGCCAUGAGGGACAGCUGUGGGUUGUGUCUGAAGGCAGACCCGGACUACGAGUGCGGCUGGUGCGAGGACUUGAACCAAUGUACGCUGAAGCACCAUUGCUCCGUCCUGGAGAACCGAUGGCUGGAACUUUUGGGGACCGGCGGAAAGUGCACGAACCCCAAGAUUAUGGAAAUAAGCCCCGUGAGAGGACCUCGCGAAGGAGGCACCAGGGUGACCAUCCGAGGAGAAAAUCUUGGCCUGGAGUUCUGGGAUAUCGCGUCCCACGUCAAAGUGGCUGGCGUGGAGUGUGUCCCCUUGAUGGACGGAUACGUCCCCGCCGAGCAAAUUGUCUGUGAGAUGGGCGAAGCGAAACUCAGCCAGCAUGCUGGAUACGUGGACAUUUGUGUGGCUGAAUGCAGGCCAGAAUUCAUGGCAAAAUCCUCCCAGUUCUAUUACUUUACGAUGCUGUCUCUUUCUGAUCUCAGGCCAAAGCAAGGACCGAUAUCCGGUGGCACCCAAGUCACGAUCACGGGCAAAAACCUGAAUGCAGGGAGCAAUGUUUCUGUCAUGUUUGGAGAAUAUCCUUGUCUUUUCCACCGGAGAACGGCAGAAUACAUUAUUUGCAACACCACGACUUUCGGGAGCGUGGUGGAGAAGAAUAUGGUGGACGUAACGGUGAAGGUGGACAAGGCCACGCUGCGGAAGGAGCUGGAGAAGGCCAAAAUGCACAAGGAGCUGAAGUUCAAAUACGUGGAGGACCCAACGAUCUUGAGGAUCGAACCCGAGUGGAGCAUCGUCAGUGGAAACACACCUGUUACGGUUUGGGGUACCAACUUGGAUCUCAUCCAGAACCCUCAGAUACGGGCCAAGUAUGGCGGGAAAGAACACAUCAAUGUCUGCGAAGUUCAGAACGAGACGGAAAUGGUCUGCCAGGCGCCGGCCUUGACGGUGGACACUAGCAACCAGUCCGACCUCGCCGAGCGGCCGGAUGAAUUCGGCUUUGUCUUGGACAAUGUCUUCUCCUUGCUGAUCCUCAACAAGACCAACUUCACCUACUACCCAAACCCCGUCUUUGAGGCCUUCGGUCCCCCCGGGAUCUUGGAACUGAAGCCUGGGACCCCUCUGAUCUUGAAGGGGAAAAACUUAACCCCGCCGGUGGCGGGAGGAAACGCUAAGCUGAAUUACACCGUGCUGAUUGGGGAGAAACCCUGUGUGGUCACCGUCUCCGAUGUCCAGCUGUUGUGUGAAUCCCCAAAUCUUACAGGACGGCAUAAAGUCACGGCUCGUGUCGGAGGCAUGGAAUUCUCCCCCGGCAUGGUGAACAUCUCCUCCGACAGCCCGCUCAGCCUUCCCGCCAUCGUCAGUAUCGCCGUGGCCGGCGGCCUGCUCAUCAUCUUCAUCGUGGCCGUCCUGAUCGCCUACAAGCGGAAGUCUCGGGAAAGCGACCUCACGCUCAAGAGGCUCCAGAUGCAGAUGGACAACCUGGAAUCCCGGGUGGCUCUGGAGUGCAAGGAAGCUUUUGCAGAGCUCCAGACGGAUAUCCAUGAGCUGACGAGUGACUUGGAUGGGGCAGGAAUACCAUUUCUGGAUUACCGGACGUACACCAUGAGGGUCCUCUUCCCCGGGAUUGAAGAUCAUCCGGUACUCAGGGAUCUGGAGGUUCCUGGCUAUCGUCAAGACCGGGUGGAGAAAGGUCUCAAGUUUUUCGCCCAGCUGAUCAACAACAAGCCUUUCCUCCUCUCCUUCAUCCGCACCCUGGAGUCCCAGCGCAGCUUCUCCAUGCGGGACCGUGGCAACGUGGCCUCCCUCAUUAUGACGGUGCUGCAGAGCAAGCUGGAAUAUGCCACGGAUGUCCUCAAGCAGCUCCUGGCCGACCUGAUUGACAAGAACCUAGAGAGCAAAAACCACCCCAAGUUAUUGCUCCGGAGGACCGAAUCGGUGGCGGAGAAGAUGCUUACGAACUGGUUCACUUUCCUUCUUUACAAAUUUCUCAAGGAAUGUGCUGGCGAGCCCCUCUUUUCCCUCUUCUGCGCCAUCAAGCAGCAGAUGGAGAAAGGACCCAUCGACGCCAUUACGGGAGAAGCCCGCUAUUCCUUAAGCGAAGACAAACUCAUACGGCAGCAGAUCGACUACAAGACCCUGGUCCUGAGCUGCGUGAACCCUGAUAAUGUGAACAGCCCCGAGAUCCCGGUCAAGAUCUUGAACUGCGACACCAUCACCCAAGUGAAGGAGAAGUUCCUGGAUGCCAUCUUCAAGAACGUCCCUUGUUCUCAUCGGCCCAAAGCUGCAGAUAUGGAUCUGGAAUGGCGCCAGAGCAACGGCACCAGAAUGAUCCUUCAGGAUGAAGAUCUGACCACCAAGAUUGAGAACGACUGGAAAAGGCUGAAUACGCUUGCCCAUUAUCAGGUGCCAGAUGGUUCUCUGGUGGCUUUGGUGUCCAAGCAAGUUACUGCUUACAACGCGGUCAACAAUUUCACCGUUUCGAGGACUUCAGCAAGCAAAUACGAAAACAUGAUCCGUUACACCGGGAGCCCAGAUAGUUUGCGUUCCCGGACGCCCAUGAUUACGCCCGACCUGGAGAGCGGGGUCAAGAUGUGGCAUUUAGUGAAGAACCACGAGCAUGGCGAUCAGAAAGAAGGGGACCGAGGGAGCAAGAUGGUAUCCGAGAUCUACCUGACAAGGUUGCUGGCCACCAAGGGCACUUUGCAAAAGUUUGUGGAUGACCUCUUUGAGACAAUCUUCAGUACGGCCCACCGAGGGAGUGCGCUACCCUUGGCCAUCAAGUACAUGUUUGACUUCCUGGAUGAGCAAGCAGAUAAGCACAACAUCCACGAUCCACAUGUGCGGCACACCUGGAAAAGCAAUUGCUUGCCCUUGAGGUUUUGGGUGAACAUGAUCAAAAAUCCCCAGUUUGUCUUCGACAUUCACAAGAACAGCAUCACGGAUGCCUGCUUAUCGGUGGUAGCACAAACCUUCAUGGACUCCUGUUCAACUUCAGAGCACCGUUUGGGCAAAGAUUCCCCAUCGAAUAAACUGCUUUACGCCAAGGAUAUUCCCAGCUACAAGAACUGGGUAGAAAGGUACUACUCAGAUAUCGGCAAGAUGCCAGCUAUCAGCGACCAGGAUAUGAAUGCUUAUCUAGCGGAGCAAUCGCGCAUGCACAUGAACGAGUUCAACACCAUGAGUGCGCUCUCCGAGAUCUACUCGUAUGUGGGCAAGUACAGCGAAGAGAUCCUUGGAGCUCUCGAUCAAGACGACCAAGUCGGCAAGCAGAAACUCACCUACAAACUUGAACAAGUUAUAACCCUCAUGAGUAUAGACAGCUGA